UUGGCAAGACACACUGGCGAUGCCGACUACAAUGCCGGCGAAACGUAUGUGAAUGUACCACGUCCACCGUCCACAAUGGACUUCGGAGUAGGAGUUGUUAUAAUGCAGCCUCCUUGGGCUGAUCUGUACCGCAUGACUGACGCCUCAGACCGGGCUGUCGUUGAUGGAGCUCCUCAGCCUCCAACUUUUUUCCCUCGACAACUCACUCAAACCCAGAAUGAGAUACAGUAG